CAAAUCUACUGAUUCAGCUUUGGAAGAGGAUGUUGUUUCAGAUAGUAAGGUGAAAAAGACUGGAGGAAGAAAAUUGAGAACUGAAACUGUUUAUGUUUCUGAUUCUAUUUCAUCUACUGAAUCUUCUAAAGAUGUCUUGGAUUUGUAUAAGAGAAGUAGUUCUAAAAUAGAAAAAAUUAGAGCAUCUG